AUGGUUGGAAACUCCAUCCUGAACGUCCUUGAUCAUUACGAGCGAAGAAAAGAGCUCGCAAACGACUGUCGAUAUAACCGGUACGACCAUGCAGAAAGCAAUUGGGAACAUCCAGGUGCGACCUGGCGACCGGUGACCGGUGAAGCUUUGAAGCUUGAAGCCCUCGAUCGAUGGAACAAGUUAACUGGAGAGAUCUUCGACAAGACCCGUGUUGUGUUACGCCUCAGGCCUCAGGCCUCAGUAAUGGUUUCGAAUGCUUUGCGCCACCAACUUGCUCGCAAUGCGCGGUCAACGGAACAUUAUUCAAUCAGCAAUUUCUAA